AUGCUCAUUCACAGUGGUGAGCGUCCUUAUGAGUGCAGUAUAUGCAAUAAGGCAUUCAUACAAACAAGUCAUCUGAAGAACCACAUGCUCAUUCACAGUGGUAAGCGCUCUCAUGAGUGCAAUAUAUGCAAGAAGACAUUCAUAACUAUAACAAAUCUAAAAAGACACAUGCUCAUCCACAGUGGUAAGCGUCCCCAUGAAUGCAGUAUAUGCAAUAAGGCUUUCAUAACUGUAACUCAUCUGAAAACUCACAUGCUGAUUCAUAAUGGAGAGACUCCUUAUAAAUGUGAAAUAUGCAAUAAGGAAUUUACUCAACCAGGCAAUUUAAAGAGACACAUGGCCCUUCAUAGUGGGAAGCGUGAUGAAAAUCAGUAA